UGUAUUAAUCACCAUUGUCCCAAGGGAGCCUUUGAACUUAGUACCUGAAAUUAAGAAACUAAGCUAGGAUCAUGGGUUCCGAACUGCAGCAAAAGCUUCCAGUUCUAGAUUUCUCGUGUGACAAUUUAAAGCCUGGUACAAGCACUUGGCUGUCAACAAGCAAGGAAGUUAUGCAAGCACUUGAAGACUAUGGCUGCUUUGUCGUUGUUUACGACAAAGCUCCCUUAGAGCUUCGCAAUGAAGUCUUUGGUGCCUUAGAAGAGUUGUUUGAUCUCCCUACAGAAACCAAAAUGAAAAACAAAUAUGAUCAAAAGCCCUUGAAUGGUUAUGUGGGACAAAUUCCCAAAAUUCCUCUCCAUGAAAGCAUGGGCAUUGAUAAUGCUACAACUCUAGAGGGAACUCAAACUUUCACAAAUAUGUUGUGGCCUAAAGGAAAUGAUCGUUUCUGUGCACGUAUGCAUUGGUAUGCAAAGCUAGCAGCAGAACUGGACCAAAUGGUGGCCAGAAUGAUACAUGAAAGCUUUGGUGUAGAGAAAUACUAUGAAUCUUAUAAAGAAUCGAUCACUUACCUCCUUCGAGUCUUGAAGAAUAGAGCACCAGAGGAGAAUGAGCCUGCUCUUGGUUUUGUUGCUCAUACUGACAAGAGCUUCACAACCGUACUUCACCAAAAUCAAAUCAACGGGUUGGAGGUGGAAACAAAGGACGGUGAGUGGAUUACUGUGGAGUAUUCAUCACCUUCAUCCUUCGUAGUAAUGGCUGGUGAUGCACUAAUGGCAUGGAGCAAUGAUAGAAUUCAAUCUCCUAGUCAUCGAGUAAUCAUGAGUGGGAAUGAAGACAGGUAUUCCCUCGGACUAUUUUCGUUCAGCAGCGGGUUUCUACAAGUACCUGAAGAGCUUGUUGAUGACGAACACCCCUUGAAAUAUAAGCCGUUUGAUCAUAUUGGAUUACUACGUUUCUUCAAAGAAGAUGGCAAUAAAUCGAAGUGUCCAAUCAAAGCCUAUUGUGGUGUUUGAAACUAUCUUUUAUCCAAAGAAACCUUGUGUAAUGUCCUGCAUAAUAAACUUACGGCUUGGUUUAUAGGUGUGUUGUAUUAGCAAUGCCGUGAAUGUUUUCAAUUGCUUUGUGCCUUUGGCUUUAUGCUGUGAGUUUUUGGUAAAUUUCUUACUAUAUUAGAUAAGUGAACAUCAUGGUUUAGUCACCUGUAGAAUAACCAUGAAUGCAUGUAUGCCUUGUGCGCCAACAAGAACUUGUCCCUCUUUGUAUUGAAUUACUAAUAAAAACAAUCUUGUUUUGGCCCCAA